GCACUUCCGGCUAACACAACUUAACUUCACGACCACACGAUUUAUUUAUUCGUUCGUUUCUGAAAUUAAAACACUCACAUGGCUGUUUCUGCAACUGCGGGGUGACUAGAUUUAUGUUUGGAUUUGUCACAGGAUGCCACAUGAAAACGCAGCUCGUAUGUCCCAACACGUCCAUGAAUUGCCACAGGAGCAGCAUCUCUCACCUGAGGCUAAACGCAUCUCAAACGUAUUGAAAAACUGCAUCAGACAUGUCGAGAUUGCAGCGAUUCUGCCUGCUCUCCUGCAGUUAAACAGUGCGUCUGGUAUUGCAGACGAGGAGUUGAGCAGGGCGCUUCAGAAGCAUCAAAUAUUAGAAGACAAGAUGCUAGAAAGCCUUGAGCAGGAUUCAGAUAGGCACCAAGAGGGAAACUUCAAAAAAAGGGCUCAGCUUGAGAGGGACUUCAAGGACUCUGUCAAGGAUGUGCUCAGAGUUUACCGAAACCGUCCGGAUAUCAUUGAUGGUUUGAUGGCAGAGCUGGAUAUGAAAGUAGGGGAGACUGAGAACAUGCUAAUUGGAAAUCUUAAGACGUUUCACGGCCAUGUGGUGGAAAGGAUGCUGCUGAGUGUGGAGGAGGAGCGACUCCAAGAGAAGGAAGAGGAGGAGGCUAUUUCUGUGGCCCGUGAGCUGGAGGACAUAGUUUCACAGGAAGAAAAAAUCACUGCAGACUUGAAGGGCUUAGACAAAGUGAUUGCUCAGGAAGAUCUCAAGAUCAAAGAUUUGCAGAGUAAAAUAGAAGCGUUAAAAACAAAAGACAAAAAUAGGAAUCUUCUUCAUGAAAAGCAAUGCCAGGCAAUUAUCAAGGCAUCGAAGGAAAAACAGGCCAGUGUACAAAAGGAAAUGGAUAAAAUGACCAUCCAGCUCAAAGAAAUGAGGAUUGAACACAGAGAGGCAGAGAGAGUACUCCAAAAGAGAAAUGCAAGGGUGAGGGAGGAAAUUGAACUUGUGAUCCAACAUUUUGACAAUAAAAUGGAAGAAUUACAGGCCAAACUGGAGUUGAAUCAAACGAUUUACGAAAAGGAGCAGGAGGAGGUGAGGAGGAUGGAGCCGUACUUUUCUGCCCUAGAGACGGAGUACAACGAGAUCCUGGAGAAGCGUCGGCUAGCAGAGGAGAAGAGGAAGGAGGAGAUGAGGGUGCUGGAGUUGAAGACCAAAGCUGCUAUUUUUGCCCAAGCCUGGUGGAGAGGAUACAGUACUCGCAAGGCCUUGAAGAACAAGAAGAACAAGAACAAAGGGGGCAAACGCAAGAAGGCCAAAUAAACCACUGACUUGUUUCAGUACUCCAUUACUGGUGUUUUACCGACACACUUCCCGUUUUUGCAUGUUAGAAAAAAGAUUUUAAAAAUUGCAUGUUAAUUGUACUGUUAUACCAGUAUUC